UGUGUUUUUCAAUUUAUUGCACGAAUGAUCCUUGUAAAACUGAAUGGUUCAUAUUAUUGUGGGAUCGAGUCGGUGUAAUUUGGUUUUCUUUUGUACCUUUUUUCUUUUUUGGGGUAUCAAUAGCCCAAAGGUUUUUGGGUUUGGGUUGAUUUUGAGCCCUAAAUCCAAAAAUCCAAUCACCAAAACCCCCAAAAAGGGCCAGACUCCUCUUCAUCCCUGGAUAUAUUUGCAGUCGGGGAACCGCAACCAUUCUUCAGGAAGGUUCUAUUCUACCCCCCAAAUUUACUCGCCACAAAUCCAAACCCUAAUCCCAAUCUCUCUAUCUCUCUUACAGAGCAAGAACCAUGUCUCACUUUGGUAGGUCUGGCCCUCCUGACAUCGCUGACACUUACUCUCUCCUAGUCCUCAACAUAACCUUCCGUACGAGCGCUGAUGAUCUGUUUCCGCUUUUCGAUAAGUAUGGCAAAGUUGUCGACAUUUUCAUCCCCAGAGACCGAAGGACUGGCGAGUCUAGGGGUUUUGCUUUUGUGCGAUACAAAUAUGCUGAUGAAGCACAGAAAGCGGUUGAAAGGCUCGAUGGAAAAGUUGUUGAUGGUCGAGAGAUAACUGUUCAGUUUGCAAAAUAUGGGCCAAAUGCGGAGAGGAUUCAGAAAGGAAGGAUUACUGAAGCUCUACCAAAAUCAAGGUACAGGUCAAGAAGUCGCAGUCCUCGGAGAAGGUACCGGGAUGACUACAGAGACCGUGACUACAGGAGGAGAAGUCGCAGUAGGAGUUGGGAUAGGUCUGACCGUGACAGAUACCAUGGUAGGGACAGAGAAUAUCGUCGACGAAGCAGGAGCUGCAGUGCCAGCCCUGAUUACUAUAGGAGCAGGAGGAGAGUUCGCUAUGAUGAUGAAAGGCGGAGUCGAAGUCGAAGUAGGAGUCCAAUUCGAAGUCGUUCCAUUGAUAGUGUCUCCCCUGCUCGGUGUAGCCCUAGUCCUCAUAAGAGUCCUUCCCCACUAAUCAGGAGCCGUAGUGCCACCCCUGCUAGACGUAGUCAUGAUGGACAUUCCCCUACUUCUCGAAGUGUUUCACCACGCCAUCGUCUUGCUGAUUCUCGUACCCCAUCCCCUCGAAAUUCAGAUGCUGAUGAUUGAUGUUUCUGGUUGUAUGGAAAUGAUGGAAGCACCCUGAGUUGUGUAGUUCUUGCAGCUCUGCUGAUGUCAGGGAUCUUUGAUCAUAAUGUGUUGUUUUAUUAGGUGUCUUGAGUGCUAGUUUUGGUAGGACUGGUUUCUUUAGUAUUUAACUAUUUAAUGCUGAGCUUUAUAUAUCCUUUAUUGAUCUGGGAUGGACUUUGUAGUUAGUAGAUUUGGUAUUUCAGUACUUACGAAGGAUGUGCUUGUGUGGUUUCUUAGUGUAUCUGCCUUUCAUCUUUAUAUUUGUGUGUAAUUUUAAUGUUCACUUUUGUUCCCGCCUUACACUGUUACUGAUAUAUGAGUCUCUGGUCUCAAGUUGUCUGGUUCAGUUUAUAGGACUGAUUCAUCACGAACUAUUUCUUGGGUUUUAUAGUUAUGUUCGUGAAAAGAGUGAUUGAGGCUUGGAUAAGAGGAUGUUGAUUUGUAGCCGUGGGUGCUGUUUCUAAUUUGUAGACGGAUGGUCGUGAUUGUGAUGCUGGUUGCAGCAGUAUGCUGGUUUUAGAAGUAUGAUUGUUUUGGCAGUGAGAGCUGUUUGCAGGGCCAAUAACUUAAUCUGUUUUUCUCCAUACCGAAUAAAUUUUGGUAAGAAAUAUGGUUUGGUUCUUUGUUUCUGAAAAGUGUUAUAUACUCUAGGAUUUUAAUGUUUUACCUGAUAGUCCAUGAAAGGAGUUUUUAGUUGCUGUGGCGGCUGUAAGUGGGUCUUAACCUGUGUGUAGCUCAUGCUGCAUAUGAGAUUGAUGUGUAGUUCGUUAUGAACCUGAAUGGUUUGUAAUUGCUGUGAUGGUAGAAGUUGAACUGGUCUUUACCUGUAGCUGAUGCUGCACAUAAGUGAUUCAUUAACCCGGAUGCGGAUACCAGGCAUGAACUGUGGAUACUAACUAUGAAACCUUGUAUGCUGGGCUCAACUUUAUGCAGCCACAGUACUGAGAAAUGAUCUUGUCUCACACAAGUUUGAGGCUCUAGCUGUGAAGUGGCAGCUGAUCUGUAUUUUGUUGUAUCGUAAUAAUUUCUUGGGUGACUGAAGCUCUAGCGAAUAACCACCUGCAGCUUGCAGCUUGCUGUUGCUGCUAUUUUACGAUGGGGUCGGGUAGGCUAUUACCAGUUGGGGCCUUGACAAUGGCUGAUUGGCAUGUGCUGAUACCGAAAGAUUUGUUUUGUCGUGUAUGUUAUGCCUAUAACAUGGAUUGACAGUUGCCGGUCCUAUGUUUCGAAUUAGUCACCCCGCCAUUAGAAGUGGCAAAAUAUGUACUUUGACAACGCCUGAUCUGACAGAGAAACUAUUUUGCGUUUUCUCAUAUAUAUAAUGAUCCUUCAUUAGUCUUUCAA